GCCUCGAGCCAUGAAGGAACGCUCAGAUACCAUCCUGUGCGUGGAGGUGACAGAACUGAGCAAGACUGAGUUCUGCAAUCCUGCCUUUGAGCCUGAAUCGGGGUCACCGUGCCCUCCAGCGGCUUCUCGGGAGGACGCCGGCCGCAGCAUCCCGGCUCCCUGGCACGGUCGGCGCCCCCGAGGGCUGCAGCCCGACUGCCGCUUCUCCUGGCUGUGCGUCCUUCUGCUGGCCGGUGUGUUGGUCCUGCUGCUCGGGCUUCUGGCGGCCAUCAUUCUAGCCCAGUUGCCGGCUACACCCCUGUCUGGGGCCUCCUAUCAGCCACUGCCUGCCCAAGGCCUGACCCCCAGCGGGACCACCACCCCCACCACCCCCUCCACCACCACCACCACCUCUCCGGCAUCUGGGAACCCAAAAGGACAGCUGGAGGAGGCAGGCAUGAGCCCCUCACCCCAGCCCACCUGUGGGGGCCUCCUUCCUGGCCCAAGGGGCUUCUUCAGCAGCCCCAACUACCCAGACCCUUACCCACCCAAUGCCCACUGCGUGUGGCACAUCCAGGUGGCCGCAGACCAUGCAAUACAGCUCAAGAUCGAAGCGCUCAGCAUGGAGAGCGUGGCCUCCUGUCUUUUCGAUCGCUUGGAAAUCUCCCCUGAGCCUGAAGGCCCCCUCCUCAGAGUGUGUGGGAGGGCGCCUCCCCCCACACUCAACACCAACGCCAGCCGCCUCCGGGUGGCAUUCGUCUCUGACAGCAGCGUGCAAGGAUUUGGUUUCCACGCCUGGUACCAGGCUGUGACCCCCGGGAACGGGAGCUGUGCUCACGCCGAGUUCCCCUGCGACCAGCUCGUCUGCCUGCUGCCUGACUCAGUGUGCGAUGGCUUUGCUGACUGUGCUGAUGGCAGCGACGAGACCAGCUGCAGUGCCAAGUUCCUGGGGUGCGGGGGGAAUCUGACUGGGCUCCAGGGCACUUUCUCUGCCCCCAGCGACCCGCAGAGGUACCCUCACCACCAGCUCUGCACCUGGCACAUCUCGGUGCCUGCAGGACACGGCCUAGAACUGCGGUUCCACAACUUCAGCCUGGAAGCUCAGGACGAGUGCAGGCUGGACUAUGUGGCGGUGUAUGAGACCAGCGACGCAGGGGCCCUUGGCCUCCUGGGCAGGUUCUGUGGAGCAGAGCCACCACCUCGCCUCAUCUCCUCGCACCAGCAGCUGGUGGUGCUCUUUAGGACAGACCGUGGCUUCAGCACCGGGGGCUUCUCUGCCACCUACCGGGCCCUCAAUGCCACAGAGAAUCCCUGUGGGCCCGGAGAGUUCUCCUGCCGUGAUGGAGGGUGUAAGAGCGUGCAGUGGACGUGUGACACGUGGAGUCGCUGCCUGGACAGCGGUGAUGACAGCUGCAGCAGCCCCUUGCUCCCACCCCCAGAGCUGGCUUGCGAGCCCGUCCAGGUGGAGAUGUGCGUCGGUCUGAGCUACAACGCCACGGCCUUCCCAAACGUCUGGGUGGGCAUAGCCACCCAGGAGGAGGUGAUGGAGAUCCUCAGAGGUUACAAGAGCCUGACAAGUCUGCCCUGCUACCAGAGUUUCCGGAGGCUCCUCUGCGGGCUGCUUGUGCCCCACUGCACCCCCAUAGGCAGUGUCCUUCCCCCCUGCCGCUCUGUCUGCCAGGAGGCUGAGCACCAGUGCCAGUCUGGCCUGGCUCUACUGGGUACCCCCUGGCCUUUCAACUGCAACAGGCUACCUGAGGCGGCUGGCCUGGAGGCUUGUGCCCAGCCCUGACCCUGAGGCAGGCCCGUGCCCCUCUGCCUGCCCAUCCUCCUUUGCCGAUCAGGGCGGGCAGGCAGGGGACAAAGGAAGGAGGACCAGCAUGGGACUCUGCCCAUCCUGUCUGGAGCCUCCCAGGGAAGGAAAGAGAAGUCCUCGGCAGGACUAAUGGAAGCUUCCCUGUCCCUUUACUUGCCCGAACUCCACACGGUGCCAUUGCCCGUGAGGACUGCUUCCCACCCAAGCCUCUGACCCCAA